AUGUGUCUGCGCAGCCUGGGUUGUUGGAAGGCUUCAGCUUCCUUCAGCACCGGCAGACGCGACCGCGCACAAAGCAAAUCAUUUGACGAGUACCGUAAAGCAGUGGGCAUUAAAAGCCAAGAGGAAUACAUAAGACUUGAUGCCGCUAACUGCGCUCCUAAUUAUGUACCCACUCCUGUUGUUAUUUCACGAGGUGAAGGAGUUUACGUAUGGGACAUAGAUGGAAACAAGUAUUUGGACUUCGUUGCCGGGAUUUCAAGCCUAAACCAAGGCCACUGCCACCCGCGCAUAACAGAAGCGCUGAUAAUGCAGGCCAAGCGGCUGACUCUGACUUGUCGCGUCCUGCACAACGAUUGCAUGCCUGUCCUUUGCAAGUUCAUAAAUGACCUGCUAGGCUACGAGCGAACGCUGCUAAUGAACACAGGCGCGGAGGCGGGAGAGACGGCGAUAAAGGCAGCACGAAAGUGGGGCUACGAAGUGAAGGGCAUCAGGGAAAACAGAGCAAAAAUUGUCUUUUGCAAUAACAACUACUGGGGCCGGACUAUUGCCGCCGCCAGCUCCUCCACUACGCCUGACAAUUAUAGACACUUCGGCCCGUAUACACCAGGUUUCGAACUGAUACCCUUCGAUGAUUUACCAGCCCUAGAAAAGGCCUUAGAGGACCCAAAUGUUGCUGCGUUCUUCGUGGAGCCUAUUCAGGGGGAGGGCGGCGUGAUCAUUCCCCAGAACGGAUAUCUUAGGGGUGCUGCUGAGCUGUGCCGGUCGCGCAAUGUGCUGUUAAUAGUUGAUGAGAUACAGGCAGGGCUCGGAAGGACUGGGCGCAUGCUUGCCAGCGACUGGGAAGGAGUGAGGCCAGAUGUGGUCCUUCUGGGGAAGAGUUUGACGGGGGGAACUGUGCCGUGCAGUGCUGUCGUCACAAAUGCACAUGUAAUGAAUGUAUUUACACCUGGCACCCAUGGCUCUACGUAUGGCGGGAACCCCUUGGCUUGCGCAGUGGCAUAUGAGGCGUUGUCUGUACUGGUCGAUGAACAACUGGCUGAGAAUGCGAAAAAGCAGGGGCAAUUUAUGCGGGAUGAACUGAGUAAGAUGAAAGAAAAGUGCAACUUGGAAUGGAUUAGAGAUAUCAGGGGAAGAGGGCUGUUCAAUGCUGUGGAAAUAAAUGGAAGUAGUGGUGAAGCUAUGCAGCUCUGCAUAGAGUUAAAAAAUGAAGGAGUAUUGUGCAGGCCAACUAGAGGGAAUGUGCUGCGUUUCCUGCCACCUCUGUGCAUCGAUGAAGCACAAAUGAAGGAUGCCCUUCAGCGUAUUCAAAAUGUUUUCUGCAGGAAAACAUCGUGA